AUGAAUAACAAAGAUCAUCUACACAAAAAACAAAAAUUAGAUAAUAACAAUAAUAGUGAUACGGUUCAAUAUUGUAUUGAUCAUAGUGGUCAGAUUCUAAAGUUAAUAUGUUAUCAAUGUAAUGUCUUGUUAUGUUCAGAGUGUAAACCAUUACAUCACAAUCAUUCAAAAAUUGAAGAUAUAGAUCAAAUUAAAUCAUUCUAUAGUAAAUUUAAUCAAGUUGAUAAUAAUAAUAAUAAUAACGGUAGUAAUAAUAAUAGUUGUAAAAUUCAAAAUGAUAUUACAUCGAUUUGGAAUAAUAUUAGAUCAUCUGUAAAUAAAUAUUGUCAGUUCCAACAAAUAGAGAAUGAUAUCUCAAAAGAGUUCAACCGGUUACACGAAUAUCUAGUCAUUGAAGAGCACAAAUUAAAGAAACCAAUCAUCAAUGAUAAAGAUACUCUGGAACACUAUUUAAAUAAGAAUAUUCAACAUUUACAAUCAUUAGUUCAGAUAGCCAAUAGUAUUAUUGUUCAACAACAACAACAACAAGAAUAUAUUAGUUUUGACCAAAGUAAUAAUGAAACACAAGAUACAACUGAUAAAUAUCAAAUUAAUAAUAUCAUUGAAUCGAUUGAACAAUCAAGAGAUUUAAAUGAUUUCAUCAAGCGAAACAAUCAAACACUAUUCAAUUCGGAAUUACUAUCUCAAGAUUAUUCAAUACUGCACUCGAUCAUUCAAUACAAUUCUCAAAGUAGUAAUCAAGAUGUAUCAUUACAUCAAUGUUCAAACAAGCAAUAUAGAUUCAAUAGAAAUGAAAAGAUCAUUCAAAGUUUGAUAAAAGAUAUUCAAAGGUCGUUCGACUUGACUACACUUGAAACAUGUGGUGAAAUCGAUACAAUAUCAAGCUUUAUACUUGCAAGUGAUAAAGACGACCGUCUUUCACUGAUAGAUAUUACCAAUGAAGACGAUUGCCAAAAGUUUGAAGUUGUUUAUCUAGAUAGUAAGAUCAGAGACUCUUGGUAUGUCAACUCCACCGUAAAGGUAGGUGAUUAUAUCUAUAGUUUCGGUGGUCCAUCGAUGUGUAACCUAUACCAACGAUUCUCCAUCGAGAGUAAAAGAGUAGAUCUCUACAAAGAGAUGAUCGGUAUCGAGCCAUGUAACUAUGUUUCAGUUUGCUACGACGGACAUGCUCAUAUCUACCUCUUUGACAGUCACCAAAGAAACGAUACAUUAGUUUCACGUUACAAUACAAUGACACACCAGUUUCAAACAUAUUUUACCAUACCGAACACUGAACAUAUUACUCUAUCGUUUUUCUAUAAAAAUAAGAUUCAUUCGGUUAUCAACUCGCAAAAGAGAAUGGUUAUAUUCGAUCCCGAUAGCAAAUCGAUUGAGUACAAGGACAUACCGAAUUGUAUCGAUAGUAGUGAAUCGAUGGGUCAAAGAGAAAUGAUUGUGGUUUAUUAUGUAGUUGGUAUAUAUAUUCACGAUGGAGAAGUCAAGUUAUUUUUACUUCUCAACUCAUAUGCUAAGGAAACACACCACAAGGAUGAUGUAGUGGAUAAAUGUGUUACAUUUAUCCAAUUCUUAGUUUCUCUUCAUCAUAUCAGAUCACUUCGUGGAUAA